ACGGGAAUAGAAUUUUAAAAUGAAGUCAUACUCAAUCCUUGUAUGAACAGAACGAGAGAGAGAGAAGCGAAUUAAAAAAUAUAUAUGUCGUCACUAUCACUCAUACCCCUUGCAAAAAGUCGCGGGUUUUUCAUCUAUCCUCCCACCGAUACGCUCCAGUUAUCAAAUAUGUCGACAUUUUCUUCCCUCCCAUCUUCUCUCUCUGUCUCUCUCUCUCUCCUGGCGUUGGCGUGUCUCCUGCAGACACCUACGACUGCAUGUACACAUACAUAUGUAACAUCGAUCCGCUCAUGUCACCAACGCUUCUACAAUAUUGACGCAAUCUCUGUAGAAUUCACUCAAUUCCCAUCGCAGAUCAACCAAUCACCCUACUAUAUCGAGAUUACGUGUUGUCUCUCAGAUUAACCAAACCCCUUCAUGUCAUCCAUUGAGGAUAUCUGGGCGCUGCUGUGCUCUUGGGGAAUUGGAAAAAAGACUCGGUUUUUCUCAGACUCCUUUUUGCAGAAUCUUUCCCUAUCCAUGUCCACCACUAGUUGUCAUGGCAGUGCUCAUGGCAGUGCCGGUAGCGCUGAGUUAGAAGCAUGCCGUGAUGAGUCCACCGCAUUCCUCCUCAAAAUGGUGGCAAUUGCCGCCAUCCUCACCGCCGGGGUUGCAGGCGUAGCCAUUCCCUUAUUAGGCAAGAAUCGCCGCUUCCUGCGCACAGACUCCAACACCUUCUUCGCUGCCAAGGCCUUUGCUGCCGGCGUCAUCCUUGCCACAGGCUUCGUCCACAUGCUCCCGGAUGCCACAUCAGCAUUAACAGACCCGUGUUUACCAGAAUACCCCUGGUCAAAGUUCCCAUUUUCAGGGUUUUUCACAAUGAUGUCCGCUUUGGCUACUUUGCUUGUGGAUUUUGUGGGGACUCAGUACUAUGAGAGGAAGCAGGAGAAGCAGCAGAGGGCUGGUCAACUCGCCCGGGUUGACUCGGUUGACUCGGUAUCAUCGGUUGAGUCAGGGGUUGUGGAGGUGAAGGAUAGUAAUGGGGGCAUGGUGUUUGGGGAAGAGGAAGGCGGUGGAAUGCACAUUGUUGGGAUACAUGCGCAUGCUGCUCACCAUAGCCAUAAUCAUUCCCAUGGGAAGGACGCAUGUGAGGGGCACAUGACUCAGCACUCUCACGGAUCACAUGUGCAUUCGCACGGGUUCGGCGAUGGGGAAGAGGAGGGCGGUGUACGGCAUGUUGUCGUUUCGCAGGUCCUUGAACUGGGGAUUGUGUCACAUUCUAUUAUCAUCGGGCUUUCACUCGGAGUUUCGCAAAGCCCAUGUACGAUACGACCCCUAAUUGCCGCACUAUCCUUCCACCAGUUCUUCGAAGGAUUUGCACUCGGAGGAUGCAUCUCGCAGGCCCAAUUCGGGACCUUCCACGCCACAAUAAUGGCUUGCUUUUUUGCUUUCACAACCCCAACGGGAAUCGCGAUUGGAACCAGCAUUUGUUCCUUUUACAACCCCGAUAGCCCGUUAGCGCUAAUCAUUGAAGGCACGUUGGAUUCUAUAUCUGCUGGAAUUUUAGUGUACAUGGCUUUAGUGGACUUAAUUGCGGCUGAUUUCUUGAGUAAGAGGAUGAGAUGCAAUUUUAGGCUCCAAGUAGCUUCUUAUUUUGCACUCUUUCUAGGGGCUGGAUUGAUGUCUUCACUUGCAAUCUGGGCUUGAUUCUUCUAUUAAUUCAUGUUCUUUUUUUCUUUUUUUAUGGGAGGAACAAAUGAAUGAAAAUGUCAUUAUUUUUACUCGUCUGUUUUCCCUGACUUUAAGGUCCUUGGGUACCUUCCUCUCAUAAAUUUUCUUACCCAGAGUAGCUGAAAGGGACAACGGAAAUAUAGCCCAUAUAUUCGAUUAGUUAAGGUAUCUGUAACCUGGUUUGAACAUCUGGUUAGGAGGAAAGGGAAUAAGGAAACUGCUUCAAGCUAUGAAUUAAAUUUUGCUUGUAUUUUGCGACCAUGAAAAGGUUAAAAGUUACGCUAAUUUUCUACAAA